AUGGUGAAACUUUUUGGAGGAAAUUAAAAUUUGGAUGUUAUUUUAAUAAAAUAUAAAAAUAAAUAAUAUUUUGAUAACAUGGGAGGCUUUUGUACAGGUGGUAAAAGGAACAAGCAGAAUCCACUGUAAAAUAUGAUGAUAAAUUAAGUUUGUAUUUGUUGAAGGAAAGACCUUUAAGUACAUUGUUGGAUAUGUGGCCAUCAUCAUAUUUACAAAUGCUUAAACAGAAAUAUUUGGCCGUGAAUCCGAUAGAUGGUAUGGAUCAUUUCAAAUUCAGAACUUUGUUUCCUAAGUUGAAAUCAUAAAGUAAUAAGUUUAUAGGAUUAGGAAAACUCGUUGCAUGUCUUCAAAUGUUUUGAUUUUGAUUAAAAUGGCAGAAUAGAUUUCAGAGAACUCUGU